CCUAUUUUCCUGUUUCUGUUGACUGUGUGGGAAAUACAUUACCUCUCUGGCGAACAAUCACAAUUCGGGAGGUUUAAUAAGUUUUAAUUUAUGUCGUUAUGUUGUUUGAAGUUGAUCAUAUGAUGAUGUGUUUGUCUGGCAGUGUUGGUGUCUGUGUAUUUUACAGACAUCAGAAUAAACACUCGACACAUACACAUAUAGUAACUGCCAUCAGGCACGCGAUGUAUACAUGCAAAUAAGUGUACAUCCCCGGGUUGUUUGGUUUUUUUCUUCUUUUUUUUUUUUUUUUUUUUUUUUUUUUCCAUUUCAACAACUUGGAUGAAGUUUUGAUAAGGUAGGCCCCUGUGUCUGGGGGUCAUCUUCCCCAGCUCUCUGCUGGUGUCCGUUGAGUAGAAGACCAGCACUUCCUGUUUCCUGAAGCCCUGCCUUCUGGAUCAAGUUUAUAGAAAGUGGUCCAGUCUGUUUUCGGCUGUGUGGGGAAAAGUGAAGUGGCCAGAAUCUUAGCGUGCCUUGUUUCCUAGGAAAUGAAGCUGCAGGCGGUGAUGGAGAACCUGCACAGACAGCAGAGAGCCAAACUGCUGAUGGAGCAGGCGGGGCAAUCGCACAGCCCCGCCCCCACAGGGGAGGAGCUGAAAACAAUUUCCGCCUCUGAGACGGAGCAGGCGCAGAUAGCGGCGCUAGCAGCAAUGCGCGCGGUAGCAGCUGGACUUCAGAGGGCCGACAGCCCCAUGUCUGAACGCAGCAGUGGAGGGGAUGAAGAUGAUGAAGAGGAUGAAGAGGAAGGGGAGGAGCAAUACAAAGAUAUGAUGGGGUCUGAGGAGGAAGAGCAGAUAAAACAGAAAUGGGAUGAAGAUGACUUUGAGGGUGAGAUGGAGGAUGACUAUGACGACGAUCUAGGUGACGAAGGGCUACCGUCGGGCCGUGAGGCUGUCACCCCAGGCAGAGGCAUCCUCCUCCUACCCCACCGCCAUUUACACCCUCACUCCCAGCUGCUUAAGGCUCGGCCUGGUUCUGAAAGCGAACCGCGGGCGUUGACUCACUCUGCUCAUUCAUCCCAUGGGCCGCUCCAUGGACAGGACCACGCAGACUGGACCUAUGAGGAGCAGUUCAGACAGCUCUACGAAUUGGACAGUGACCCAAAGAGGAAGGAGUUCCUGGACAAUCUGUUCAGCUUUAUGCAGAAGAGAGGGACCCCAGUGAACAGGAUUCCCAUCAUGGCCAAGCAGGUGCUGGACCUCUACAUGCUGUACCAGCUGGUGACAGAGAAGGGGGGGCUGGUGGAGGUCAUAAAUAAAAAGUUGUGGAGGGAGAUCACGAAGGGCCUGAACUUGCCGACCUCCAUCACCAGUGCUGCCUUCACUCUCAGAACGCAAUAUAUGAAGUAUCUGUAUCCUUACGAAUGUGAGAAGAGGGGACUCAGCAACCCCAAUGAGCUGCAGGCAGCCAUCGACAGUAACCGCAGAGAAGGACGCAGGCAGGGUUUCGGCAGCUCGCUCUUCACCUAUUCGCCCAACGGGACACCCACAAUGCUCUCCUCUCCCAAACUCUCCAUGCCUCCCAUGGGCAUCACCCUGCCCAGCAACGGAGCCUCAGUCUCAUCCUUACAGAAAAUUAAGAAAGAGGAUGACGGGGCUCAGACCCGUCUACCGGCAUCUCUGGCCACUCACUCGGUAGCUGCAGCCCAGGCUGCAGCUGCGCAAGCGGCCACCAUCGCACAGGUAGCUGCGCUGGAGCAGCUUCGGGACAAGCUAGAGUCUGGCGAGCCCCCAGAAAAGAAGAUUGCACUACCACUGGAGGAACACCAGCGGCUACUGCAGAGAGCCCUUCAGCACAACCUGCUGGCCAUGACAGCGCAGAUCCCCAUGAACAUCCGCAUCAACAACCAAGAGAGCAGACCAGACUCCGCCAUGAACCUGACCACCAAUGGCCUAAACAGCAUCAGCAUGUCGGUGGAGCUCAAUGGAGUCGUCUACACUGGUGUUCUGUUCGCUCAGGCCGCGGCGCCGACCUCAUCGGGGACAUCUAGCAAAUCUUCUGCAGGCAACAACGGGCCUCAAUCUGUUCACCACACACCUACCUCAUCCUCCUCCAACAACCAAUCGCCUUAGCACCUCAGACUCUCUCCGUCAGUGCAAAACCAAAGCCAAAAAACCUCAGUUACUACAGAAGAUAUGCCAAAAAAACAGUGCAGGAAUAACUGAAUCGUUCUCAACUUGAAGUACACUAGCUCAGGUCUUUUAUUUACACUCUCCUUUGUUCAGGAGUCAAAAGAAAUCUAAAAUAACAACAGAGUUUAUUAUAAAGAUAAUGAUGAUAUAAUGUAUAUGCAAAACCUGUGAAUAAUUUAUUUCUCUUUCUGUGAGCACACUGUCCGGCGUUAACAAGGCAGUAGGAUUCUGCUUUUUAGGUUUUAUAGUCUCUGACUGACAGAAGCUUUUCGUCUAUUGGCAAAACCAUAACAAUAGUAUUAUUGUUAUAAUGUGUGAUGCAAACAGCUUAAGGGUCUGAACUAAUAAUAUAUUGUUGUAGAUUUUAUUUUCUCUAUCUAUGUAUCUGCAGUGCCUUGUGAAGGUUUUUCCUUAGCACAGUUUGAAUGCGCUGUUGACAGGCGAAUGCCUGAACUUCAGCACAGACACAAUACAAAGUGCGUAAUUGUCAGUGCAAGUAUUCAACCGUUUGGUUUCCUAUCCCAGAGCUUGAUAUCAGUCAGUGAAGAUUCAUUUUUAAAAGGAUAGUUCACCCAAAAAAUAAACAACUGUCAUCAUUUAUUCUGAACAGAAGAACAAUAUCUUCUUUUGUGUUCAACAAUAUAUUAAUACAGGUUUGGAACAACCUGAGGGUGAGUAAAUAACAGAAUUUUAAUUUUUGGGUGAACUGUCCCUAAGGAGCUGAUGUACACUUGCUGUUUUCAUGUGCAUCUGCUGGAAACCUUUGGAGGCCGCAUUCUCCAUAAGCCUCGCAAAGGUUGCAGAGGUAUUGCAGAGUCCGAACGUACCUGGAUCUUCCGCAGUCCACACUGUUUUUUUUUGUUUUUUUUUACCCAUAGUUGCUCUUAAGUAUAAGCAGAAAGAGUUGAGAGGUUGUUUUACUUGCGUUCGUGUAUUUUUGCGGAGCUUUCUCUCAAAAAAUAUUGCAGUUUGACUCAAAGCAUGACAGUAUAAUAAGAUUUGAACAAACAAAUCAUCUUGUGUUUGAUUAUUACACUAACUGGAGAUUCAGUUUGUCACUUCAUCAGGCGUUUUAGCUUCAUGCGGUUUUGAGGGGUCCAGUGAUGCUGCCGGUGCUUCAUCAUGUAGGGCAGUUUCUGGUUAUGUACUGCACUUUGUAUUUUUAACACAGAAGCCAACAGUGCAAAUCAGAGGCAGUUCUAUUUACAGGAUGUUUUAAAAGUUUCUUGAGAAAGAUGAAAUAUUCUCUUGUGGAAUGUGGUUUCCUGUGUUUAUAAUAAUCGAUAAUCAAUCUCAUCAACUGUUUUGGUCAGUAAGAAUAUCUUUUAUCAACAUGUAGCUACGAUUUAGGAAUUAUGUCAAGCCCUUCUAGCAUUACACUGUAUGCAAGGUCAAAAUACCCACUUGGUGGGCAUCUUGGCUCUUUUUUUUGACACAAACAGGGUUGUUUAGCAACUACUGUCUUCGCUCAUAUGAAGUUGAAUGACGUUUCAUAGAUGAGAGAUGCUCCAUGCUUAAAGGAGAGGUCCACUUCCAAAACAAAGAUUCAAUGUAAUAUACUCUUUCUUCAGUCAUAAAGAAAUUGUUUUUUGAGUAAAACAUUUCAGCAUUUUUCUCCAAAUAAUGGACUGCUUUGGUGCCCUGAUUUUGAACUUUUAAAAUGCAGUUUAAAUGUGACUUCAAACGAUCCCAAAUGUGGUUGUAAACAAUCCCAGCUGAGAAAAAAGAGUCUUAUCUAGCGUAACGAUUGGUUAUUUUCAUAAAAAUAAUACAAUUUAUAUACUACUUAAUGUCAAACGCUUGUCUUGUCUUACUGCCUGGACUGUUUUUUCCGGUUCAUGACAGUUAGAGUGUGUCGAAAAACUCCCAUCUCAUGUUCUCCCUUAACUUCAAAAUCGUCCUAUAUCGCUAUUUUACCUUUUUUAUUAAAGAUGUUUGAUCUUCUUUGCAUGUUCACUUUGCAAAGACUGGGUUGGAAUAUCUGCAGCGAUGUAGGAUGAUUUUGAAAUGAUUUUUGAAGUUGAGGGAGAAAAUAUGAUUGGAGUUUUUCGACAUACCCUAACUGUCUCGAGUCAGAAUACACAAAGUUCAGGCAGAGUAAGACAAGACGAGUGUUUGAGUUUAAAAAAUCUUAAUGAAAAAUGUAUUUUUUUAAUGAAAAUAACCAAUCGUUUCGCUAGAUAAGACUCUUCUUCCUCGGCUGAGAUUGUUUACAACCGCAUUUAGGAUUGUUUGAAGCCACAUGUAAACUGCGUUUUGGACGUUCAAAAUCGGGGCACCAUACAGGUCCAUUAUAUGGAGAAAAAUCCUGAAAUGUUUCCUUCAAAAAACAUAAUUUCUUUACGACUGAAAAAAGAAAGACACGAACAUCUUGGAUGACAAGGGGGGGAGUACGUUAUAAGUGAAUCUUUGUUGUUCUCCUUUAACUUAAAGGCUUGGUUUUUAUCCAAAACAGCUUGCAGGUACAAAUGCCUUGAUCCCUUACAUGAACUCUGACUUUGCUUUUGCAGCCAAGAUCCUUAACCAACUGUUAAUGCUCACUCUUAAAGCGAUGCAUAUAACCUGUAAUUAUUCACAAGGACCACAGUUCCCGUACAGAAAACAGUCUAGCAAAUAUUUCCGUUUCUGUCUAUGUUGUACGAUUUUUAUAGUUUUUAUUUUUCUGUUGAAAUAAGGACACCUCAUUAUAACACACUCAAAGUCAUUACUGCCAGAAUCUCUACCUCAGAAACUCAUUUAUCAGCUAAGUUUCGUUUUCAAGCCUUGUCAGUUUGUCACUUUUCACAUGGAUCUACCAGCUCUGAGGUAGAACAGGGCAUAUAUAUAUAUUCACUUUCAUUCUGAGAGUUUGACUUUUUAACGUAUUAGUCAUGAUAUCCAGCCCCUUUUUGCUUGUAACUGUAAAAACGCCACUUUUUUUUUU